UGUGUUUGCAGUUUGCAGAGCGGGCCACAGCGAUUGACGCCACACCCUAGACCAAGGUUCGCGAAGACUCGAUAGUGCUGCGACGCCGACGGAGCAUUUCUGCGCGCAUAGCAACGCGUCAGCAGCUCUUGCACAAGCACUGCAGCCUCAGCAUCACUUGAUUACGCGGACGCGCAGCCAUGCGCCUGUACGCUCCACUCCUCCUCGCGAGCACCACGACAGCCUUAAGUGGCGGCUUCGGCGGCGCCGCGAAGACGAAAAAGAAGAAGAAAAACACCACACCCUUAGUGGAAGAGUCGGAAGCCUACGCGAAGCUGAGAAAGUGGGCCAUCGAUGGAGGCGCGACGCUCGACGGCGUGCGCGAGAGCAACGGCGCCUUAGUGGCGACGAAAGAUGUCAAAAAGAACGGCGUCCUAGCGACUCUGCCGUCGGACCUAGCCUUAGCGUUAUGCGACCCCGACGAGGACGAGGCGGACCACGCGGCCUGUGCCAAGAAUUUCUACGAGUUUAAGUACGAGGACCAGUUCGGCGACUACGUGGCCACGUUGCCGGACGCGCCGCCUUCACCAGUAGCGUGGUCCGCCGACGAGGUCGAAGCCUUGAAGUGGCCGCCUUUGAUUGAGGAGGUCCAGGCGCGGAAGAAACGAGUUGAUGAGGUGGCAUCAGAAGCGUCGCUUCCCGCAGAUAAGGUAGAGCGCCUCGCCGCGAUCGCGGCGUCGCGCGCGUACGAAAUUCAUUUGGACAAGAAGGCCGACUUGACCGAAGAAGAACGGAAAGAAGUCGAGGGCGCGGCCCAGAUGUCCACAAAGGUCAUCCGGUUGCUCCUACCCUUCUUCGACAGCGCGGCGCGCGCAUCUUCUCCCUCGUGCAAGGUCGAGGUCAAGGACCCGAAGAAGGACGACUCGACGUUUGUGUUGAAGGCCCAGAAGGCUCUGGCUGAAGGCGACGCCGUCACCGUGCCCUACAACAUCGGCGUGACUACUACUGCCGAUGUCUUGUUGAAUCAUGGCGCUGUGCCCGCGUCGCGAUUGGACGGCUCGUCGUACGCUGACGCGCGUCUGCUGGCGCGGCAUCCGGAUACGGAUAUCCCUGGCUCGCCUGCGGACGAUCGGGCGGUGGCCGACGAUUCAUCAGCUUCUGAACCGUCGCGCGAGGCCGCUAGAUUACGACUGUCCCUGAAGAACGCGAAGACGAACAAGAAGCACACGUCCUUCUUCAAGGCCAUCAAGGCCGGCGGGCGCAUCGGGGCGCAGAAGUAAGUAGUUUAGUUACUCGCGGC